AUGAAGUUCUCCGCCGUUGUCGCCUCCAGCUUGCUCGCCGGCGCUGCCAUCGCUGCUCCCCUUACCGAGCAGCGUCAAGCUCGUCACGCCCGCCGUACAGCCCGCGCCACCAACAGAUCCAGCCAUCCCCCUUACAAGGUCGGCAGCUCUGAGCUGCUCGAGCUCAGCAACUCCACCCACGUCGAGUACAGCUCGAACUGGGCCGGCGCCGUGCUCAUCGGCAAUGGCUACACCUCCGUGGUCGGCGAGUUUACCGUCCCGGAGCCGUCCGCCCCCGACGGCGCCGACUCCGGCACGCAGUACUGCGCGUCCGCCUGGGUCGGCAUUGACGGCGACACCUGCUCGUCCGCCAUCCUGCAGACGGGCGUCGACUUCUGCAUCCAGGAUGGCUCGGUCUCCUUCGACGCCUGGUACGAGUGGUACCCGGACUACGCGUACGACUUCAGCGGCAUCGACAUCUCCGUCGGCGACACGAUCAAGCUCACCAUCGACGCGACCAGCAAGACGGCGGGAAGUGCGAUCAUCCAGAACCUGUCGACUGGCAAGACGGUCAAGCAUACUUUCACCGGUGGUGUGGAUGGUGAUCUGUGCGAGACCAACGCGGAGUGGAUUGUCGAGGACUUUGAGUCGAAUGGCUCGCUGGUGCCCUUUGUGAACUUUGGCACCGUGACUUUUACCGGUGCGAAGGCUACAACUGGUGGCUCGAGCGUUGGUCCCUCCGGUGCUACCUUGAUGGAUAUCAAGCAGGGCAGCAGUGUCUUGACCUCCUCUUCUGUCUCGGGUAACUCUGUUAGCGUCAGCUAUGUCUAA